GGAGGUGUCACACCUCCCUCUGGUGAGCGGACCUUCCCGUCCGCCGGGGUGAAAGGUCGGGAAGAUGGCGACGGCCUUGAUAGAGGAGGAGCUGGACAACGAAGAUUAUUACUCGCUGCUGAACGUGCGCCGGGAGGCCUCUUCUGAAGAGCUAAAAGCUGCCUACCGGCGGCUGUGCAUGCUUUACCAUCCAGACAAGCACCGAGACCCAGAACUCAAAUUGCAAGCUGAACAACUGUUUAACCUUGUCCACCAGGCUUAUGAAGUUCUCAGUGACCCCCAAACCAGGGCCAUCUAUGAUAUCUAUGGGAAAAGAGGACUGGAAAUGGAAGGAUGGGAGAUUGUGGAGAGGAGGCGAACACCUGCUGAAAUCAGAGAAGAGUUUGAGCGGCUACAGAGAGAGCGAGAGGAGAGGAGGCUUCAGCAGCGAACCAACCCCAAGGGAACCAUCAGCAUCGGAGUAGAUGCCACUGACCUCUUUGACCGCUAUGAUGAGGAUUAUGAAGAUGGCCCUGGGCAUGGCUUUCCUCGGAUUGAAAUUAACAAAAUGCACAUUUCCCAGUCCAUCGAGGCACCCUUGACAGCAACAGACACAGCCAUCCUCUCUGGAAGCCUCUCGACCCAGAAUGGGAAUGGAGGAGGUUCCAUUAACUUUGCCCUCCGGCGAGUGACCUCUGCAAAGGGAUGGGGAGAGUUUGAAUUUGGAGCGGGAGACCUUCAAGGCCCUUUAUUUGGCCUAAAGCUGUUUCGUAACCUUACACCAAGAUGCUUUAUUACGACCAAUUGUGCUCUGCAGUUUUCGUCCCGGGGAAUCCGGCCUGGCCUGACCACUGUAUUGGCAAGGAACCUGGAUAAGAACACCAUGGGCUAUUUGCAGUGGCGAUGGGGCAUCCAGUCAGCCAUGAACACGAGCAUCGUCCGGGACACAAAGACCAGCCACUUCACCAUGGCCUUUCAGCUUGGAAUCCCCCACUCAUUUGCAUCAAUCAGCUAUCAGUACAAAUUCCAAGAUGAUGAUCAGACACGUGUGAAGGGUUCUCUCAAGGCAGGUUUCUUUGGGACGGUGGUAGAAUAUGGAGCAGAGAGGAAGAUUUCUAGGCACAGUAUUUUGGGAGCUACUGUCAGCGUGGGAGUCCCACAGGGUGUCUCUCUCAAAAUCAAGCUGAACAGAGCCAGCCAGACUUAUUUCUUCCCUAUUCACUUGACGGAUCAGCUUCUUCCCAGCGCUGUAUUCUAUGCCACCGUGGGACCUCUGGUGGUCUACUUUGCCAUGCACCGACUAGUCAUCAAACCAUACCUCAGGGCUCAGAAAGAGAAAGAACUGGAGAAGCAGAGAGAGAGCACAGCCACCGACAUUCUGCAGAAGAAACAGGAGGCAGAAUCUGCUGUUCGGUUGAUGCAGGAAUCCGUACGAAGAAUAAUUGAGGCUGAAGAGUCUAGAAUGGGACUGAUCAUCCUGAACGCCUGGUAUGGCAAGUUUGUCAAUGACAAGAGUAGGAAGAAUGAGAAGGUGAAGGUGAUCGAUGUGACUGUGCCCCUGCAGUGCCUGGUGAAGGACUCCAAACUCAUCCUCACAGAAGCCUCCAAGGCUGGGCUUCCUGGGUUUUAUGACCCAUGUGUGGGUGAAGAGAAGAGCCUAAAGGUGCUUUACCAGUUUCGAGGCGUGCUACACCAAGUGAUGGCAUCGGACAAAGAAGCCCUUCGGAUACCAAAGCAAUCUCACAGAAUCGAUACAGAUGGAUAAACCUCAUGGGAAAACAAGGGGUCAGUACCUGAGUCAAGAAGCAGCUGCAAAACCUCUUUUCCUGGGAGUCUGAAAGUUUGGAAACACAUGAAACAGAAACCUACAGAUGUUUUUAUUUUGUAUUAUUCCUGUAGAAGGUCAUUUACCAAUUAUGUGAAGGGACACAUGAACACCCCAGCUUUCAUGGGUACUGUAGUACUAAGGCAGUGCUGCCCUUGGUUGGAACCACAAAGCUGACAAGAUGUCUGUUUCCUCGAGGAGCCUGUGGACACAGAGUGUGGCCCUAGUGGGAAGAGGGCCCCGGGGCACAGAGCCCUGUGUCCUUCUAGCAGGUCCUCCAGCAUCUGAGCUGACAGUGGCCCACCAACCCCAAAUUUCAGGGUUCUUUCCUGAGGUGCGUAUGGGACAUUGCACCCUCCCCUUACUUCUGGGGGCUUCCUGCAAACCAAAUGGAGAACAGAGGCCAUGGUGUGCUCCUGACGAUCAACUGAGUGAAAGUCCAUACAAGAUUCCUCCCGACAAUCUCCACGUCUUGUGAUGGCUGAAAAGGGGAUUUGGAGACAGAUGGGUCUGAAUUUACUGAAUGCUUGUUACCUGAGAACAACUAAUGUAUCUGGAAGACAUCUCUGCCUUUCCCACUACAUUUGUCUUUAGAAUUACCACUAAAAUUGUGAUCCCUAGGCCCAGGAUUUGGCUUUCUCCCAGUGUAACUAGCUUUACCCUCCUCCCCCAAACAUUGCAUGGAAAACACGGGUCCUUCCCAUGUUUUCACCACUCUGGCUGAGAACUGGGACCACUGCCCACUUAAUGGACAAGGAGAAGGCCACAGAGAGAUGAGGGAGAAACAUUAGCUUGAUUGGGGAGAAAACUGGCCAGAGUUGUAGAGAGGUGCCAAAUGGAGUGACCAUGGCUUCCCAGAGGAGUGAGCAGGGUGGGGCUUCCUCCAGGACUCUCCCAGGGCACACCCAGUGGGCACAUUCUCCUCGCUUGAGAUAAAUGGGGAUGACUCCUUCCCUUAGGUGGUGUGAUUCUGCUCUAGAAGGUCCUUUUUUUUUACCUGCCUGUUCUGUGGAGGCAGGUGUUAGGGACUAGGAUCCACUUGAAUGGUCUUCCAAGUUACCUGUAGUAGUCAGCCAAUGAGCAGACAGGCCUGUGGUCUUGGUUGUGGGAUCAGCCUGGUUCCUGUACUCCUUGGAGGGUCAUGUGGCUCUUUCCCAAGUGCAGUUUCAUGAGCAGGUGUUUGAUUUGCAACAGGGGCCCAGCCUUCUGUCCCCCCACUAGAAUCAAGCUCUCUCUCUGUGCCUGGGCUUUGGCAUCAGAAUAAUCAGUAAUGAUCCCUCCCCCAGAUUUUUACAAAACAGUCUAGAUUGUCUAAUUCUGUGACAUCCAUGCCCACUUUUACAAUGUUUCCCAGAAUACAAAUUGUGCAAUAAACUUUGCCGAAUAGUGACUCUUUGACCUAAAGCAGCCCAUUGUCCCCUUUGCUGCAGAUGGUUCUUGCAGGUACCGAUUUUCUUCAUUUUGUUUGAAGCUGGUUGUACAGAAGGCACUGUAUUGUCAAUAAUAAACCCUUUCUGAAAGCUGGA